UCUGAUCUCUCACCUCUGACUUCCUGCCCUCCGCUGCCCAGCCUGCCAGGGUGAGGACGGGAGGCCAGCCAAUCCCGGAGGCCCCAGGCCACGCCCCUGGCCUAUAUGACCUCGAGUGUAUAAAUACACCUGCCCGAAGCUGACACCCAGAGACCUCACACCUGCUUCGGACAGUGCUCUCAUCUGGAAGAGCGCACCCAUCCCCCUGAGCCCCGCUUGCCUGGGACAGAGCGGAGGGCACGCCUGCCAGAGCAGUGCCCCCAGGAAGGACACCUGCUGGUAGCCAGCCCCGUGGAGGGACACCUGCCAGGUGGAGCACAGGUGGGCCCAGCCCAGAGAAGAGGGAGCGAACACAGCUGGACAGGAGAGCUCGGAGCCUCACAGCCUGGUGGUGGCCACCCAAGAGGACCAUGCUCAGGCCUUGCUGACGACCCCCGGCUACCAGCUCGGAGUCAUGUCAUCAGGCCAGCAGGCGUGGCAUACAGCCACGCCAGCCCCUGGUCGGCCCAGCCCUACAGCCGCGGUGCCCAGGUCCCCCAGCACCCCCGGCUCGGAGAAGGUGGCCUCCCCACUGGAGUGCUCCAUCUGCUUCUCCGGCUACGACAACAUCUUCAAGACGCCCAAGGAGCUCUCCUGCACACACGUCUUCUGCCUGGAGUGCCUGGCACGGCUGGCGGCCGCCCAGCCAACAGGCCGGCCCGGCAGCGAGGCCGUGCCCUGCCCGUUCUGCCGGCAGCCCACGGCUGUGCCGGCUGCCGGGGCCCCCGCCCUGCGCACCAGCCGCCAGCUGCAGGCCAGGAUGCCGGCCCACCUGCGUCGGGAGGAGCCCGUGUGGCUGGAGGGCACUAAGCUCUGCUGCCACCUGCCGCCCUCCACACCCGGCCUUCCAGCACCUGGCUUCGUGUGUGUGGAUGUGGGCCUGAGCAAGCCUGCGGAGCCCACUGCACCCACACCCAGCCCGCGCCCUGCCCGCCGCCAGGGCCGUCUGGCCCGCUGCUGGGCGCGCUACGGGGCGCGCUGCGGGGACUGGAGGCGCGUGGCGCUGGUCACGGCCCUGCUGCUGGUGCUCUUCUGUGUGGUGCUCUGGCCCGUGCAGUGCGCGCUCAAGACUGGGGACCUGCACUGCGUCCCCCGGCCCUCCACCACCAUCACCACCACCGCUGCCUUCUCUCCUGGGCCCCUGGCCGACCGCUAG